UGCUAAUCAAUAAUCAUCACACAAACAAAAGCCAUAACAUUUUCCUCUUUUUCUCAACAACAAAAUCUCACCUUUCCCAACCUUUCUUUACCCCACGUGGCCUCCACCACCACGUGAGAUGAGUGCCCUUUUGUCCAAAUUAGCACUCCUCAUCAUCUCAAUUCUUCACAACAUUCACCACAACACAAUGUGUCAAAACACUUUCUCUUCUUUUUAUUCUUUUUCUUCACUAUUCUUAUUUCUUCUUCUACAAUGGGACUCUCUUCCAAACACUAUCCUCGUACCCCAACAUAUCUCUUACCAUGUGUCCUCGCUCUCUCUUUCUUCUCUCUCACUGCACUUCUUCUCUACAAGGUGGACGACGUCGCUUCACGAACCGGAACCGUCGUGGGUCACAACCUAGAACCAACGCCGUGGCACGUUUUCCCUGCCAAACCCUUCGAUGAAGAGACUCGUCAGAGGCGAGCCUACAAAAUCAUACAAUGCUCGUACCUCACAUGUCGUUCCUCUGUCUCCGGUGACAGAAAGCGUCUCGGUUUCGCCACCGGAGAUUCCAAACGACAGGAUUGCCCGGAUUUCUUUCGGGCGAUCCGGAAGGAUCUUGAACCAUGGAAGGUGACGAAAAUUUCUAAGGGGCAUUUGAUGGCUGCACAAAAUUACGCGGCAUUUAGAGUGGUGAUUGUUGGAGGGAAGAUGUUUGUUGAUUGGUACUAUGCUUGUGUUCAGAGUAGGGCUAUGUUUACUGUUUGGAGUUUGUUGCAGCUUUUGAGAAAGUACCCUGGAUUGGUUCCUGAUGUGGAUUUGAUGUUUGAUUGCAUGGAUAAGCCUACUAUUAACAAAACAGAACACAGUUCAAUGCCUUUGCCACUCUUUCGUUAUUGUACCACAAAGCAACAUUUUGAUAUACCUUUUCCUGAUUGGUCCUUCUGGGGCUGGCCAGAGAUAAACAUAGGACCGUGGCAGGAAGAGUUCCCUGAUAUCAAGCAAGGUUCUCAAGCUGUAAGUUGGGUAAAUAAGAUGCCGCGUGCAUACUGGAAAGGAAAUCCAGAUGUUUUUUCUCCUGUUCGUACCGAAUUGCUAAAUUGCAACCAUUCUAGGAAGUAUGGAGCACAAAUUAUGCGUCAGGAUUGGGGUGCAGCUGCUAGAAGUGGCUUUAAGGAAUCAAAACUUUCAAAUCAGUGUAAUCACAGGUAUAAGAUCUAUGCUGAAGGGUAUGCAUGGUCUGUGAGUUUGAAAUAUAUUCUUUCAUGUAGUUCUGUUGCACUAAUUAUAUCACCUCAGUAUGAAGAUUUUUUCUCUCGCGGCCUUAUUCCAAAUCAAAACUUUUUGCUCAUUGAUCCUCUGGAUAUGUGUCCAUCCAUAAAGCGCGCUGUCGAUUGGGGAAACGGACACCCAAAUGAGGCUGAGGCUUUAGGGAAAAGAGGACAGGACUUUAUGGGAAGCUUGAACAUAGAUCGAAUAUAUGAUUACAUGUUCCACCUUAUCUCAGAAUACUCAAAACUUUUGGACUUCAAACCUACUCCACCUUCAACCGCCCUCGAAGUUUGUGCCGAAUCCGUACUUUGCUUCGCGGAUGACAAGCAGAGGACAUUCCUUAGUAGAUCAACUGCCUCCCCUUCACAAACCCCUCCAUGUACUCUCAAAUCUGCAUAGAGUGAAUGGUCAUCCAUGUAUUUUGUGGCACAAAAAAUAGUAAACAAAGGGUGUGGAAAAAGAAAUCAUGUGAAUUGGUAUAUAAUAUACUAGUAUAUACUACAGUGAGUGUCUUUGUUGGUAUGAAAAGAAAAAAGUUUGUUGUUGUAUGUAUAUUUAUAGUUGCCUUGUGUCAAUCAUCUAAAAGAUUUUGCUUUUGUAAUAGGUCAUCAUCAUUUAAUAGAGUAUAUUAUGCGGGAAUUCUCAUUUUAA